AAGUGACUGACCAACUACAAGAUUGUUGAUAUGAUUCGCGUACUUCAAUCUACCAGGAACUGAAUCAAUGGGCUCAAGUUUGUGCACAAAACAACGCAUCUGACUUGGAUUACUAACGACGGAUGCAAUUUGGUUGAAUGGAAAGGUUCCAAAAAAUAAUUGUUGAUGUGAAGUCAAUAUUUCACUCCAAUAUUCAGGUAAUCUGUUUCAAAGAUUUACAUUGAAUCAUUGUCGACAAAUCUGAAAGCAAUAGACAGACUUCAAUACAUAUAUUCUACGCCUAGUAGAACUUAACAAUGAAGUCAUUAAGCUGCUUUAUCUUGCUACUAUUUGUACAUAUAUCUCAUGGCAACAUCGCACAGCAUAAGAAAAACACAUUAGACAAAAUGCUGAAGAACUACGAAGCCAGCGUGCGACCUUUUAUGAGUGGUACUUCAGAUUUUCCAACUAAAGUCAGUGUUAAUAUAUUCAUUACUGACAUCUUCGACAUAAGCGAUGCUAAACAGGAUUACGUGAUACAAAUGUAUCUGCGAGAGAUAUGGGAUGAUCCUCGGUUAAGGUACCCAGAUCCUGAAGGUACUGUCCAGAGCAUUCCACUUGGAUCUAUUUCUAAGAUCUGGACACCCGAUCUAUUCUUUAAUGAAAGGGAAGGUCACUUUCAUAACAUCCAAAAAGCGAAUCGUUUUGUUAGAAUCUACCCUACAGGGAAAAUUUCCUACAAUUCAAGAUUAACUAUGAAACUACGCUGCCCAAUGAAUUUCAAGUACUUUCCCUUUGAUCGGCAAAUAUGUUCUUUUGAACUUGAAAGUUAUGGUUUUGAAACGAAGGACGUGUCAUUGAAGUGGGUGGAUGGUAAUGCGAUACAGGUGAAUUCGAAACUACAUAUGUCAAAUUUCAUUUUGGAGGAUUUUGUGUCGGGAUAUUGUGACAAGCCAACCAAACAUGGCCAUGGGUGCUUAUCAGUGAAGCUGCAGAUGAAGAGACAAUAUGGAUUUUACUUGACUCAAAUCUUUGUGCCUUUUGUUAUACUGGUAGCUGUCUCUUGGUUGUCUUUAUGGCUAGAUGCAAGAGCUGUUAUCUUACGAUUAUCCCUUAUCCUUGUUCUUCUUUUCAUGAUGAUCAUGAUCAGUACUGAAAUCCAAAGCUUGAUACCUGCUGCAUCUUAUACCAAAGCAAUUGACAUCUGGAUUGCAGUUUGUAUAUCUCUGGUGUUUGCUACAUUACUGCAAUUCAUUCUGGCCAAUCAACUGGCACGGAGGGAAAGGAGAGUGCGCAUUUCUGAAAAUCAUGCAACGAAAAAUGGUGGAUGCAAACGGAAUGGAAAACAGAAUUCCCACAAGAUGAGCAACAUCUUAGAGAAAUGUGCACAUCACCACAUACCCUUGUCCAAAAGAAUAGACUUCAUAUGUCGUGUAUUGUUCCCAGUUGCGUUUGUAAUAUUUAACUGCAUCUUUUGGUUUACUUAUAUAAAAGGAAGAGAUAGUCGACAUAUUAUCAAAUAAAUGGAUGUCUAUAUUGUUGUGAAUGGUAUGCAUAGCGCUUUUUAAUGCUAACAAGCAGCGAGUACUGCUUUUUUUAUGUGUAUAUUUUAAUAGAUGUAAGUUAGAAAGCAUUUCUAUGGCCUGAAUUUGUAGACUUUUUUAAAUAAAUAUGAUGU